AUGACAAAGCCUCUUGGUAACAAGCCCGGAGAACCGCCAUUUCAAUUGAAGAUUGAACCCGAUACGAAAUUAUUCUUCAAGUACAAGUUAAAUGAACCGUGCACUAUUGAAAUGAAGAUCACUAAUACCACCAAAGAUCGUCAAACAUUUAAAGUGAAAUGUACGGAUAAUGACAUCUUUAGAGUGCGUCCCCCUCUUUCUUUUGUAAAGGCUGAUGAAACAGCUAUUGUGAAGAUAAUUCUAACUGCAAAAACUCCUCCAGAGAAUAACCGGCAUUUCUUUGCUGUUUAUCAUAUGAAAUGCACCGAUGACACGGGCAAAACUGCCCGACAGGUGUGGACGCCAGACUCUAAAGCAGAGGGUGUUGCCCGUAUUAUAGCAGUUUUUGAAUCCGCCGAUGCUCCAGAGAAAAAGGAGGAGAAGAAGGGCUCUGGAGAAAAAGAAGAGAAAAAAGAAGAAAAGAAAGAAGAGAAGAAAGAAGAAAAGAAAGAAGAAAAGAAAGAAGAGAAGAAAGAAGAGAAGGAAGAAAAGAAAGAGGAAAAGAAAGAGGAAAAGAAGGAAGAGAAAAAAGAAUAA